CAAGUUUAUAGAUAUGCAGUACAUGAUAGUUAACUAACUAACUAACUAACUAACUUGCCAAGUGAUAUCUAAGCAGAGUGUCGAGGAAUCACAAUCAAUCCGAUCCCCAUGGACUCGAAGAGAAAAGAUUUGUCUUCAUUAAGAGUACCGUGCAGACUUCCUCAUCCAAAGCUCUCUCUCAUCCUGUCGAGGUACCGGAAAGAAAUUUUACCGGACUUCCUGCAUCCUAACCUUAAACCAAGAGACAGUUGCACAACGCCUACUUUGGUAGGGAGGGAUUUCAUCCAACCCCCCUAUUAUCCAAGAGGGAGGUGCUCCGAAAUACUCGAUAGAACCCCAUCACUAAUCAGUCAAUGCUUUCUUAGUGAUAUACUGUGCUGUACGGAGUACACUUGGACAGAUUUCUUUCCUCGACCACCAGCCCCAGCGGCCCCUAGUCAAGCCAACGACCGGCUAAGUUUGAUUAUGCAAUUUAGUCUCCCGAAGGCAAGGACUAACUAUCAUACCCAACCUUUCUCCACAAAAACGGGGGGCGGGGGCCUCUGGCUCGAAGGCUAGCAACACAUGAUUCCGCCUAGGGACGCGCUGACCCUACACCCCCGCAGUUGAGCCUCCCUGAAAGUACCAGAGUAACAGCUGAAGCUGCUGCUGUUGGCUG